GGAGUCGCUAUGGUGGCCCUGAGUGAUCUGGCGUCGGCGCUGGAGUCCUAUAGGGGUCGCGAUCGCCUGGCCGCUGAGGUCGGACUCUGAGCUUGUCCCAAUCAACCUCUUACAGAUCCGAACACUGGGUUACAGCUGCCAGCUGGUGGGCGGGGUCCUGGUGGAACAGUGUCCUGCCAGGUCAGAAGUGGGGACGCGCCUGCUGGCACUGUCCUCCCAGCUCAGCCACUGCAGGAUCGUCCUGCGACUCUUUGAUGACGCAGCCAUGUUUGUCUACACUAAGCAGUACGGCCUGGGGGCAGAGGAGAAGGAUGUGUUUGUCCGCUGCGUGUCCAUCCUGGGCAACCUGGCCGACCAGCUCUACUACCCCUGUGAGCAUGUCGCCUGGGCCGCUGACGCCAAAAUCCUCCACGUGGACUCUGCCCGGUGGUGGACACUGAGCACCACCCUCUGGGGCCUCUCCCUGCUCCUGGGGGUUGCUAGGUCUCUGUGGAUGGUCCUGAAGCUGAGACAGAGGCUGAGGAAGCCCCCGGCAGCCUUCACCAGCCGGCUGACCCGGGGCAAGCGGAGGACCGUGGAGACCCAGAUCUGCUCGGAGGUACUGACCCUCCUGAGCAACCUGGCGGACCUGGCCAACGCGGUGCACUGGCUGCCCCCGGGUGUCCUGUGGGCCGGCCGCUUCCCCCAGUGGCUGGUGGGCCUCCUGGGCACCCUGUCCUCACUCCUCAGCGUGUACCAGGCAGUCCAGGCAGGCCGCCAGGCCAACGACACCCCCUGAGGGAUAGGGGAGCCAGAACCCCAGCAGGGACCCUUCCCAUGGAGUGUGAUUGCCUGGGAGGGGCGGGUCUCUAAUCCAGCAGAUCACGGCCAGGUGCCGGGAGGGAGGUGUGGCUAGAGGACACACCAGAGCAGUCUAGGGUAUCAGCCCCCAGAGGGGUGGGCUUGGGGGGCCGAGGUCCCCCAGGUGCCGCCUCAGUAGGGGUGGAGCAGGAAGACCCUGAAGACUCGCUUGCAGAGGAACUGGCCCCUGGCAGGCCAGAGUCUUGUGUGCAAUAAAGGCAAGCAGGGCAGCCAGGUUGGGCCUGAGGAAUGUGAAGUGAGGAUCAAUUAAAUGAGGUGGUGAUGGUG